CAGAGUCUUUCAUUUGGCUCCACUAGCAGAGGCGGACUGUGUGCUGUCCAACAGUUUGCUGAAAGCGGGACACUUCCAGACUUUGUUUCUGUGGAUCUGUUUAUGAAAUCUAAAGCAGACAGACUGGGAACUCACUUGUGAUGGAGCAGGACAUUACUGGUUUAACUGGAGAGGAGUAUUCUGAGAGGAUAUCACCCUGUUGUUCAGAUUCAGAGGCUUUGGGUCAACAAGACACUGAAAAUGAUGAUAUUUUGGAGCUUAAUCAGUUUGAUGGACUGCCUUAUUCCUCCAGGUUUUAUAAAUUGCUGAGAGAAAGGAAAGAGCUGCCAGUGUGGGAUGCAAAAUGUGAAUUUAUGGACACUUUGGCCAAAAGACGGUUUGUCAUUGUCAGUGGCUCUGCCAAGACUGGAAGAAGUUCUCAAAUUCCUCAGUGGUGUGCUGAAUUCUGCCUGUCAGUCCAGUUCCAGCAUGGCAUGGUGGUUUGUACGCAGAUUCACGCGCAGCAGGCUGUAGAUCUCGCUCUAAGAGUGGCAGAUGAGAUGGAUGUCAACAUUGGUCAUGAAGUAGGAUACAGCAUCCCUUUGGAAGCAUGUUCCAAUAAUGACUCAGUCCUAAGGUACUGCACAGACAACAUGCUCCUGAGAGAGAUGAUGUCCGACCCUCUGCUUGAGCGUUACGGCGUGAUAGUGGUGGACCAGGCCCACCAAAGGACUGUAGCCACCGAUGUGCUCCAGGGUCUGCUGAAAGACGUGGCCCUGCAGAGGCCAGAGCUCCGCGUCGUCCUCCUCACAGCUGUUGAACCCGACCCUAAGCAGCUGGUUCAUUUCACCGGGUCAGCAGCGCCUCUGAUCCGCCUGCAGAGCCCGGGCGUAGGGGAGGUGGUGCACAGCAGCACGGGCGACGGCUACUUCUGCUCCGCUCUCCGCCUGGUGCUGGAGAUCCACCACUCAGAGGAGGGAGGAGAUGUGGUUGUGUUCCUUGUGACGACGCAGGAGAUAGAUCUGGCCCAUGACAUCCUGUGCCAUGAGGGGCAGAGUUUACCCCCUGACCUGGGUGACCUCCUACCCGUUGCUGUGCACCCUGGCCAGCCUGGGAACCUACCAAUCCUGGAGGAAGGGGAGACAGGCCGGACCCGCAGAGUGUUCCUCACAUCCAGCCCAAACGAAGACUUCUUCUGGGCUGUGGGCUCAAUAAACUUUGUCAUUGAUGCCGGGCUCGAGAAAAGAAACGUUUACAACCCCAGGAUCAGGACUAACUCGGUCCUCAUUCAGCCAAUCAGCACGGGUCAAGCCGAGAGUCGCAAACAGCUGACAGGUCCAAAGGGCAAGUGUUUUUGUCUGUACCCGAAGGACAGACAGCUUCCUGUGCAGAUUCGCCCUCAUCUUGUGGAGUCUGACAUCACGUCCACCGUGCUCUUCCUGAAGAGGAUGGAGAUCGCUGGGCUGAGUCACUGUGACUUCAUCGACAGGCCGGACCCUGGUGGCCUCAUGCAGGCUUUGGAGGAGCUGGACUACCUCGCAUCUCUGGAUAAUGACGGCAACCUGUCUGAAAUGGGCAUCAUCAUGUCCGAGUUCCCCCUGGAGCCGCAGAUGGCCAAAACUCUGCUGGCCUCCUGUGAGUUUGACUGCUUCAGCGAGGUGGUCAUCAUCGCUGCCAUGCUAACAGCACCCACUUGCUUCAUGGUUCCCUCUGUGGACAUGAAGCCAGAGGCGACUCAGUGCCACAUGAGGUUCCAGCACCCGGAGGGAGACCACUUCACCCUCAUCAACAUCUACAAGGCCUUUAAACAAAACCAGCAGGCUCCAGGCUGCAAUGAGAAGAAGUGGUGUCAGGAUUUCUUCCUGAGCCACGCCGCCCUGCUGAUGGCGGACGCUCUUCGCACUGAGCUCACUGACACUCUGAAGAGGAUCGAGCUGCCCGUUUCACUACCCGCCUUCGGCUCCCGCAGCAACACCUUCAACAUCAAAAGAGCCCUGCUGGCAGGCUUCUUCAUGCAGGUGGCUCGGGAUGUGGAUGGAUCUGGGAACUACUUCAUCCUCACUCAUAAGCACGUGGCACAGAUCCACCCUCUAUCUGGAUACGGAGCCAGGAGACCCAAACUGGGCCUGCCUGAGUGGGUGCUGUUCCACCAGCACUCGUUCUCUGAGGACAACUGCCUCCGCACCGUAACCCACAUUACACCAGAGGAGUUCAUUCAGAUGGCACCACAGUACUUUUUCUACAACCUCCCACAGAGUGAGAGCAAAGACAUCCUGCAGAACAUUUUGAAUCAUCAGUACCAAGAGGAGAAAGCUGUAACGCCCCAAGUGGAACCCCAGGAGGACCAGACUUCAGACCGCUGCGUCGUACAAUAGCUGCUCCCAGGAGCUCAAUAUGUGGACAAUUGUAUGAUUAUUUUUUUCAGGAUUCAUUUCCUAUUAUCUUGGCCAUUAAUCCAUCAGUUUUAAAAAAUACAAUAAUUGGUGUAAUUAUCUUGAUUUUCAUUGACCGAUUAUAUUUAAUCCUUUUUUUGAACAGAAAAUAUUUUUACUAAAAGGAUAAUUUGCUCAUAUUUUAAAAUGUCAAAUUUUAUUAAACUCAGGCGAGGGUGAACAUUUCGGUUCCCAGCCCCGCUGACAUAAUUAAUGAUUCUGUGGCUCCUUUUCACAUGUUCCCUUCAGUCACUGUCCUGCAGUCACCCGCAGCCCUGAGGGGCCGGCCUGAUUUAUGACGUUCAGAGAGGGUUUGGGCCCACCUGCAGCUCCAUGUGCUGCGGAUACACUUCAGUAACAGCAGGGCGACUCGGUUCAUUGACGCUGCAUUCGGAACAUAAUGUUCCCUCUGCAGUGACCCGGGUGCAGGACGGACCAGCGCCAGAACCCACAGCACUCGGUCCCACUCGAGGGUAUAUUAUGUAACAAUUUUCAGUUUCAAAUGUCUGAAACGACUGGACAUCUGUUACGUAUUUUGCAGUUGUGUAUUACGAUUAUCUCAAAGGAUUCCAAAGAUUGUUAAACCUAAAGAAGAACAUCAUUUUAAUCAACAUUACAGCCCUUUGUACUGUGUCAUCAGAACUGGCAGCAUCUCCUGUGCGUAUGUGUCUGCUAGAAGCUGUCAUUAAUUGACUUUUUUCAAGUUUAAAGACAAGUUUUUAUGGUUUCUUUUUAGGAUUAUGGUCGUUUUUAAUCAUAUAUUUUAACCAGAUAAAGGAUUUUGUCAGCUGACGUCUGGAUCGUAAUGCAGCUAAAAAUGAACUCAUUUUACAAUAGUAUUUAUAAAGGACAUUAUUUAGCUUUUGCAAUAUCUGCCAUAUAAUUUGAUCCAGUGAAUCUACAUCCACACAUGAUAUUAUUACUAAAGUGGACAAAAAAAAAACACAUUCUUUAUUGUGUUUGAGAUUUUAUAUGAAUAUUUAUAUGGAAAAAUUACUUUCUAAUAGAAAACUGCAAAAUGUUCAUAAAAAGAUGUAUUAAAAAAAAGGUAGAUUUGAAUCCUAGAAUAAGAGGAGGGUCAUUUUUGUCCACUGUAGUAAUGAUAUCUUGCGUGGCGUAACAGUUACUGCGUCAUUUGACAUUAAACAUUUUAAUAAAAUCUC